AUGCAGCAAACCGAUAGCGUUAAAUCGGCGUGGAUCAAAACUGAGAUUGCCCCAGAAGAUUUGGAAGAGGAUUAUCAAUCGAAGCAAACGGUUUCCAAUUCACAGCAGAUCAGUGUUACAUAUGAUUAUAAUCAUCUUGACGACUUGUUUGAGGCAGAGGAAGAAUCGCUGGAGACUCUUUUGAAACGUGAACCAAUGGACGAUGUAGAUCUGAAACAUGAGCAUAAUAUUCUCAAAACGGAUCCUUUCGAUGUCAAAGGGAACGCUUCUUUCACAGGGAACACCGUCACGGGACUUGACGACCCAGCAGCAAUUUCAGAUCACAAUAAUUUGGGUACCAAGUAUGCCGCCGAACGCCCUACAUUUAAUCAAAUGGAUCCUAAUGGUGAAGAAAAAUCAGAACACACCGGUAAUCAACCUGUGUCCGUAGUCGGCGAGCAGCGACUGUUGAGUUCAAAUAUGCGACGAAGUUCCCAAAAGGAUACCGCCGCUACAGAGUUCUCACUGUCUACAAUGCAGAGCCCAAAAGUUACUGGUAAUGUGUCUCGAAACAAGCAUAAACACCAGUGCCCUCAUUGCCCUGCCACGUACCCAGACACAACCAAACUGAAGGCUCACAUCCGGACUCACACCGGCGAAAAGCCAUUUAUGUGUAAAGUCUGUGGCAAAACGUUCCAUGCGGUAAACAACCUGCUCAACCACAUGAAAGUUCACAACAAGGACCAUCAGUGUCUUCAUUGCCCUCGCAAAUUCGCACGUCUAGACCGUCUUAAGGAACACAUUCGGACUCACAUCGGCGAAAAGCCAUUAACGUGUAAAUUUUGUAGCAAAACGUUUCAUACGACAGGCAGUCUGCGCAUCCACAUGAAAAUUCACAACAAGGAACAUCAGUGUCCUUAUUGCUCUCGCAAAUUCGCACUGCAAUCCCAACUUAAGGAACACAUUCGGACUCACACUGACGAGAACCCAUUUAUGUGUAAAGUCUGCGGCAAAACGUUUCUUACGGCAAGCACCCUGCACAACCACAAGAAAAUUCAUGACGAGGACCAACCUCAGUGUCCUCAUUGCCCUCGCAAAUUCGCACGUCUAGACCGUCUUAAGGAACACAUUCGGAUACACACCGGAGAAAAGCCGUUCAUGUGUAAAGUCUGUAGCAAAUCGUUCCAUACGACAGGCAUCCUGCACACCCAUAUGAAAAUUCACGACAAGGAUCCACUUCAAUGUGACAUGCAGCAAACCGAGGGAGUUGAAUCGGUGUGGAUCAAAGCUGAGAUUGCCGCAGAAGAGUCGGAAGAGGUAUAUAUUCUCAAAACGGAUCCUUUCGAUCUCAAAGGGAACGCUUCUUUGACAGAGAAGACUGUCACGGGACUUAGCGACAUGGAUCCUAAUGGUGAACAAAAAUCAGAACACACCGGUAAUCAACCUGUGUCCGUAGUCGGCGAGCAGCGACUGUUGAGUUCAAAUAUGCGACGAAGUUCCCAAAAGAAUACCGCAACUGCAGAGUUCUCAGGGUCCACAAUGCAGAGCCCAAAAGUUACUGACUCAUACACGCUGAAGAUUCACAUCCGAUCUCACACCGGCGAAAAGCCAUUCAUUUGUAAAGUAUGUAGCAAAGCGUUCCAUGCGGCAAACUACCUGCGAAAACAUAUGAAAAUUCACAACAAGGAGCAAAAUCAAUGUCCUCAUUGCUCUGGCAAAUUCGCACAGCAAUCCCAGCUUAAGAAACACAUUCGAACUCACACCGGCGAAAAGCCAUUCAUUUGUAAAGUCUGCAGCAAAACGUUCAAUGAGGCACGCUACUUGUACAUCCAUAUGCAAAUUCACGACAAGGACCAAAAUCAAUGUCCUCAUUGUCCUGACAAAUUCGCACUGCUAUACCGUCUUAAGGAACACAUUCGGACUCACACCGGAGAAAAGCCAUUCUCUUGUAAAUUUUGCAACAAAGCAUUCCAUGCGGCAACCAACCUGCGACAACAUAUGCAAAUUCACAACAAGGGCCAACUUCAAUGUCCUCAUUGCCCUCGCAAAUUCAUACAGCAAUCCCAGCUUAACGAACACAUUAGGAGUCACACUGGCGAAAAGCCGUUCAUGUGUAAAGUCUGCGGCAAAGCGUUCCAUGCGGCAAGCAUCCUGCGACAACAUAGGAAAAUUCAUGACAAGAACCAACUUACAUUCCGCCCGGUUCGAUGGGUACGCUCCUCACCGGAACACCGCGUAACGUAG